AGGUCAAGUAAAACAACUAUCCACUAGCCCUCCCACUCCCAUAGAUUCAAAAUACCCUACUCUCUCUCAAUUUGAAUCGAAUCCACUCGAAUGCUCGAUUGCUCACACUCCAGUCCACUGCGCACACUCCACUCCGCUGAAUUGGAUUGCUCUGGUUAGGGUUGUGAAUUGCUCUGCUCUGCUCGCUAAAUUCAAGGGCUGAGCUUAAUAAUGGCGGGAGUGAUGGAAAAGUUCAUUGUUGCAUCGAUGUUUAUGUGGAUAGUUCCAGUUGCAAUUUUGUAUGGUUUCAACCAUGAGUUGUUUCCAGGCAGUAGUGAGCUAUCAUCUUCAUCACUGACUCUGUUGAGUGGGUUCCUUGCCGUCAUAUCAGUUAAUGUGGUAAUUGCUUUCUACAUAUGUUUGGCAAUGAGAGAACCGGUGCAAAAACAUGAGCCAGAUCCAAAGUUUCUUUCAGAGGCUACUGCAAGUGUUAAGCAGUUUAAACCUGAUGAGAGAGGAGAAUCGUCGUCAACCCAUAAAAAGGAAGAGUAGGAUAUUUGGCUUUUAAUCAAGAGCUUCAGCUGCUUGAAAAGUUAAAUUCAUAUAUUUCUAAAUGUCUCAUCGACAAAAGAUACCACUAACCAUCACAAGCUCAAGCACAACUGUCUUUAAUGUGGCUGGUCAUCAUUUUUUGUAAUCUAUGUAUGUGUUUCAUAUUGAAUCCUUGUACAAAUACGGUAUCUUAACUUCGCAAUUACAAAGUGGCUGCAAGAUUCUCUAGUGUAA